GUUCUUUGUCUGACCGGUAAAAGCGCAGGAAAUUAUUUAAAAAAUCCUCGUUAGGUAGCCUGGAGCCCAGCACUAAUUCAGUUUCGAUGUUGCAUCUGCCAUGGCAGCAACCCCGUUGUUCUUGGUGAAAAGGCACGGUCGCCCUCUCCCUCGAGGAGCCAUUGAUGGCGGAGAUAGUAGGAACGGCGGUGGCAACCGAGGCGGUGAGCAGAAUAUCAUCGAUCCUCUCCGGCGACAAAGCCAGCCACGAGAUCGCCGAGGGCAGGGCCGAGAGGCUCGAGAUGGCGGUGCUCAAGAUCCGCAGCGUCGUCGCCGUCUCGGAGGACCUCCACAUCUCCCACCCGCCGCUGCUGCAGUGGAAGGCGAAGCUCAAGCGCGUCGCCGAGGAAGGCGACGGCCUGCUGCACGCGCAGUACAAGAAGCAAGCGUUGGGGUGCGAUCGCGUCAGCGAUGAUCCAGCAGCAGCAGCAGGUACCUCGAUCUCCCGGUACUUGAUCCAAGCGGCCAGACGUCUCGCUCCGUUUCGCCGCAAGGAGGCCGAGCUGGACGACGUCACGCUGCGGAGAUUCGAGAGGUUCGCCGACGGCGCGGACAGCUUCUUCAGGCUGGUCGAGUCCGGCGGCCGCCCCAAGGGGUCCAUGUUCUUGCCGUCGCUGACCUGGUCCUUGCUCGCCGGCGAGUCGAUGGAGUUCUCGAUCCGAAGGGGGAGCGGCGGCGGCGACGACCUCGUCAUGCUGUGGCCGUGGCCGGAUACGGGUGUCGAGGAUGACGGGCUGGUGGCGUGCCUCGCCGUGUCACGCGAGGACGAGGCUAUGUGGGAGAAGAACCUGAAGAUGUGCGUCGUGUUCCGGCUGUCGGAAGCAUCGGACAUUCUGGCCAUCGCCGUGGGCUGCUUGGAGCUCCUGCCGCCCCAAUUCGACGCUGCAGGAGUAGCCCUCCGGAGGCUGUUAACUGAAACAAUUGGGCAAAGAGGUGACAGCUCCAGCCUUUCGGAAAGAUCGAGAUGGUGCCGUCGACACAUUCAGAGUCACAGCCGUAAUGAUCGUGAGCCAUCAUCUACGGGUGAUGAGCACAGAGGCACUGGAAUUGGAACAUUACGACCCCAUCAGGUGCUUCAGCUUACUGCUGCUUGUUAUGCCUCACCAUCCAUUGCUGGAUCACUGUCGUGUCCUGUGAAGGCUGGCGUUCCUCUUAAGCUGGUGUACCGUGUGUCUCCCUACUUCUUGCCUGAGAAGCAUUCGAACCAAUUCGAGCUGGUUGAGCAAGAUGAUGCCAGGAAGCUGCUGCCCACAGUUACAGAUGGUUUCUAUGAUGGUCGAGGACAACCGGCGGUGACCUGCGGAAGGCAGAUCUGGUGCCCACAAAGCUCGAUGUAUUGCAAGGUUGCUCCAGAGAUUUCAAAGCCGUUGACGAUGGCGCAGGCGUCCCUGAUGGAAAGUUCUGGUGCCCCUAGCAGGAGGAGAAGCAGGGGCGGAGCCAGGAUUUGAUUAUUGGGGGG